AUGAGUGUAUGUACCUUAAAUGUGCCCAUUUCCUCGGUCUCUUCUGGCAGAAGAUGCAGCACUUUUAGUGGUGCUGGGAUUCUGGGAUGUGUUCCUAUUAAUUCUCAUACUGACGAAGAAGAUGUGGUAGAGGGAAAGAUGGUGGCUGAAGGAAUUGAUAAAGAGGCAAAAUUACCCACUAAAAAGAAAAGAAAGAAGGGUUUGCGGAUUAAAGGAAAAAGGCGCCGAAAAAAAUUGCUCCUUGCCAAAAAAUUCAGUAAGGAUUUGGGUUCUGGGAGGCCUGUUACAGAUGCUCCUGCUUUGUUAGCUUCCAGUGCCCCUGAGCAGGAUGAAGAAAGUCUUUUUGAAAGCAAUAUAGAAAAACAGAUCUAUCUACCUAGCACAAGAGCCAAGACCUCCAUUGUGUGGCAUUUCUUUCAUGUUGACCCACAAUACACCUGGCGAGCUAUUUGUAAUCUCUGUGAAAAAAGUGUCAGCAGGGGCAAACCAGGCAGCCAUCUUGGUACAUCUACUCUUCAACGGCAUCUGCAGGCAAGGCAUUCACCCCACUGGACCAGGGCCAACAAAUUUGGAGUCACUAGUGGGGAGGAGGAUUUUACCUUGGAUGUGCCUUUAUCUCCCUCUUCUGGAAGCAAUGGAAGUUUUGAAUAUAUCCCUACUGAUCCUUUAGAUGAUAAUAGAAUGAGUAAGAAGCGAGAUAAAUUAGCAUCUGAUGCCCUGAGGGCAGAGAGAGGGAGAUUUCUCAUCAAAAGUAACAUUGUCAAGCAUGCCUUAAUUCCUGGAACAAGAGCCAAGACAUCUGCAGUUUGGAAUUUUUUUUACACUGAUCCUCAGCACAUCUCAAGAGCUGUGUGUAAUAUAUGUAAAAGAAGUGUGAGCCGGGGGAGGCCAGGGUCUCAUUUAGGAACUUCAACACUUCAACGACACCUACAGGCCACACAUCCCAUCCAUUGGGCUGUUGCCAACAAAGAUAAUGGUGCUGUAGGAAGUGGAUUAGAUGAGGCUGAGACUGAUAGAAGUGAUCUCUUGAGUGAACCUCUUCAUGGAGAGAAGUCUACAAGCAGCCAAGAUUUAACAGCUGAGGAUCUCAGUGACUCUGAUUCAGAUGAACCUCCAGUGUUAGAAGUUGAAAAUAGAAGAUUGGAGAGUCCCAUGACUGUGACGGAGCAAGACAGUCUGAUAAAUGUGCAGGAGAGGGAAAGACCAUAUUGUGAAAAUUCAGCCUCAAGUCAAAUUAGUCAAGCAAUUAUCCAGAUGAUUGUAGAGGAUAUGCAUCCUUACAACUAUUUCUCAACUCCAGCCUUUCAGAGAUUCAUGCAGAUUGUGGCCCCUGAUUACAGGUUGCCGUCAGAGACUUACUUUUUCACUAAGGCUGUACCUCAGUUAUAUGACUGGGUCAGAGAAAAAAUUUUCUUAACUUUGGAGAAUGUACAAAGCCAAAAGAUUCAUCUGACUGUUGACAUAUGGACCCACGACCCAUCCACUGACUAUUUCAUUGUGACCGUACACUGGGUCUCUUUGGAAACUGUACCUUCUAAUAAUAAUGGCAGGAUCCCAAAUUUGAGAAAAUGGGCAGUGCUUUGUGUUACAGGUUUGGCCAAAGAUUGUUUGAUAACCAACGUUUUACAAGAAUUAAAUGACCAGAUUGGUUUAUGGCUUUCUCCAAAUUUUCUUAUCCCUAGCUUCAUUGUUUCUGACCAUUCUUCUAGUGUGGUAAAUGCAAUUAAAGAUGGUGGGUUUACCCAUGUGCCCUGCUUCCUGCAUUGCUUAAAUGUAGUCAUUCAGGACUUUUUCUGUGAGCACAAAAGCAUUGAGAAUAUGUUAGUGGCUGCUAGAAAAACCUGCCAUCAUUUUAGUCAUUCAGUCAAGGCUCGUCAGAUUCUGCAAGAGUUCCAAAAUGAUCACCAGCUUCCAUGGAAGAAUUUGAAGCAGGAUGAAACUGGCCAUUGGAUCUCUACCUUUUACAUGUUAAGGUGGCUGUUAGAACAUUGCUACUCAGUUCACCAUAGUCUUGGCCGAGCCAGUGGAGUGGUGCUCACCUCCCUUCAGUGGGCUCUUAUGACUUAUGUGUGUGAUAUUCUUAAGCCAUUUGAGGAGGCCACUCAGAAAGUGAGUGUGCAGACCACAGGAUUGAAUCAGGUGCUACCCUUAAUACAUCAUCUGCUCCUUUCCCUUCAGAAACUCAGAGAAGAUUUUCGAGUCAGAGGUAUUACUCAAGCCCUCAAUCUGGUGGACAGUUUAGCUCUGAAACUUGAAACUAACAGUUUACUGAGUGCCAUGUUCAAAUCCAAGCCCUGUAUCUUGGCUACUUUGUUAGAUCCUUGCUUUAAAAACAGUUUGGAAGACUUUUUUCCUCAAGGUGCUGAUUUAGAAACGUAUAAGCAGAUCCUUGCAGAAGAGGUUUGUAAUUAUAUGGCAUCUUCACCAGAGGUCUGCCAUAUUGCAACUUCAGAAGCUUCUGGUGCCUCAGCUACAGGAGGAGCCAAUUCAUUUACCUCAUCAACAAAAGAAGGCCCCUCCAGUUCAGGCCCCAUUGAUAGCUCAGCCACAGAUACUGUUGCCAUUGGAAGCAAAAGCUUCAUGUUUCCUUCCGCUAUAGCAGUAGUGGAUGAAUACUUCAAAGAGAAGUAUUCAGAAAUCUCAGGAGAUGAUGACCCUUUGAUUUACUGGCAGAAGAAGAUGAGCAUAUGGCCAGCUUUGACCCAAGUUGCCAUUCAGUACCUAAGCUGCCCCAUGUGUAGUUGGCAGUCUGAAUGUAUCUUUACCACAAAUAGCCACUUUCAUCCAAAGCAGAUCAUGAGCCUGGACUUUGACAAUAUAGAACAGCUGAUGUUUUUAAAAAUGAACUUGAAAAAUGUUAACUAUGAUUAUUCUACAUUGAUUCUGAGUUGGGAUCCUGAGAAUGAAAUUGUUCAAAGCAGUGAAAAAGAAAUAUUAUCUUAA